CAGUGCAGCACCAUGACUGCGGCACAAGGGGUUCUCCUCCGCCCCAUCCCCAUGGGACUGCUUCUGCAGAGCCUCUUCCUCCUCUUCCUCCUCCUCCUGGGCUCCUGCCUCCACCCAGCCGCUGCCUUCCCCAAGGGCUGUUACCCCUCAGAAGAGGAGGGGCUGAAGACCUUUCGCUGCAGCAACGCUCAGCUGACCGAGGUCCCCAGGGACAUCCCCAACGACACCAACAAACUCUACCUGGACUUCAACCAAAUCCCCUUCCUGCCUCGCGAUGCCUUCCGGGACCUGCCGCUCCUGCUGGAGCUGGAUCUGUCCCACAAUGCCAUCGCCAGAAUUGAGACUGGGGCUUUCCAGGGCCUGGCAGAGCACCUGCACUCUCUGGACUUGUCUUCCAACAGGCUGGUGUCGGUCAGCAAAGACACUUUUAGCAACCUGAAAGCCAAGGUGAACCUGUCCCACAACCCCUGGCUGUGUGACUGCCGGCUGCAGGAGCUGAUCCGUGCUGUGGAACUGGUGGCUGAAUCCUCGGGGGGCAUCGUGUGCGACUCCUCCACGCAGGAGGAGCACGUGGGCAAAGCUUUCCUGCAGGUCAUUGCAGACACGGAUCUCUGCAACGUGUACAAGAAGACCACGGACAUCGCCAUGCUGGUCACCAUGUUCGGCUGGUUCGCCAUGGUGAUUUCCUACCUGGUUUAUUACGUCAGGCAGAACCAGGAGGAUGCCCGGCGGCACCUGGAGUAUCUCAAGUCACUGCCCAGCAAACAGCGGCGGUCGGAGGAGUCGUCCACCAUCAGCACUGUGGUGUGAGCACGGCAUCCUGCAGGAUAUGGGGACGUGUGGAGCUGGGCACCAGGCACUGGCAUCGCACAGAGAUACUCCUGGGUUUGUUCUGUUCUCCUCCUGGAAGCAGCAGCCACGGCUGAUGAGUCCCUGGCUCUGUGGCUGAGGUCAGGGAUAGAUAUCAGACGUGAGCAUGGAGGAUCUGCAGCAUCCUCCCAAGUUAUGGAGGACUGGAGCAACCCAGAGCAUCCCCCUGGCAUGUGGCCAUUGCUCUGACUGACUUGGACAUUUGGACUUCAUCUAAAACUUUUUAUAUUUCCUUUGCAGAGAUCCCUUGGGGCAUUAUGGAAUCGGUGUUUUCGUCUCUCCCCGGCUCCCCCUUGGCUGCCCAAGGGAUGGUGCGGCAGCCCAGGGCAGCCUGGGCCUGGAUCCCUGCUGGGAGGGCACUGGGGAGGAGCAGUACGGGUGCAAGGCCAGUGUCCUGCCAGGUCACUGGCCCUGGAGGGUCAGCGGGACCAAG